CAGCCCGACCCAGACACAACUCAACUCGUCUGGGUUUCCUUCCCGCAUUCGGCAUCCUUGGCAAUUUCAAUAGCCUCGCGCCAAUGAUCACCAGAGUUACCUAGACCUCCGCCGCCGGAGACCGCGUAUCGCCGUUGUCGGCAACGGCACCAAGCGCGGCAGCAGAGACGGAGUCAAAGGUAACAAUGGUAAAAGCCACCCAGACUUAUAACUUUAGCGAAGCAAGGGCUGAGGGAAUGGAGCGCCGCGGCGACGCCGGCAAGCCCAAGAAGAAGUUACAGCGGAAUGAUCGCAGCAACCGCAAUACCCCUGCCUAUGUGCAGAUUUUGGGGACUGGAAUGGAUACUCACGAUACAUUGCCUUCAGUUCUUCUAUUCUUUGACGAAUACAGAUUUAUAUUUAAUGCAGGAGAGGGAUUACAAAGAUUCUGCGCAGAGCAUAAGAUUAAGCUAUCAAAGAUAGAUCACAUAUGUCUCACUCGUGCCUGCUCAGAGACUGCAGGUGGACUUCCAGGCUUGCUUCUGACCUUGGCUGGAAUGGGAGAAGGAAUGUCUGUCAACAUAUGGGGUCCACCGAAUCUCAAGCUAUUGGUCGAAGCAGUGAAGUCAUUUGUCCCACAUGAUGCCAUUCACGCAAAUAGCUCCAUUACUUGUAUUGAAAAUCAGGUUGUCAACAUAUCAUUAAUUCCAUUACAACCAAGUUGUCUGCAAGGAUAUGAUGUCAAGCCCAGUGAUAUAUCCAUGAUAUAUGUUUGUGAAUUGCACAAAGUUAUGGGGAAAUUUUAUAAAGAAAAAGCCGAGGCUCUUGGUCUAACAGUUAAGAAAAAGUAUGGAGAACUGCAAAAAGGAGCUUCGGUUAAGUCUGAUUGCCUAGACAUCAUGGUUCAUCCCAUUGAUGUAAUGGAUCCUCCUGUUCCUGGCCCUAUUGUUAUUAUAGUCGACUGCCCGACAGUUUCUCAUGCUCAAGAGCUAUUAUCCAUGCAAUCUCUUAAUGAUUAUUAUUCAGAUUAUUCGCCAGAGAACACCAAGACUGUGAAUUGUGUCAUUCAUUUAAGUCCAGCUUCUGUUGUAAGCAGUCCCAACUAUGAGAAAUGGAUGAAAAAGUUUGGUUCAGCCCAACAUAUUAUGGCUGGACAUGCAAUGAAGCAUGUGGACGUUCCAAUUCUUAAAUCCAGUACAAGAGUAGCAGCACGUCUUAAUUAUUUGUGUCCUCAAUUCUUUCCAACUCCUGCUUUUUGGUCUGUGCAGAAUCAUAAUAAUGUCACACUGGGCUCCAUUAUUACUUCAAAUGAGGGUCCUGUUUUGAAGCCUUGUCAAAGCAUAUUUGCUGAAAAUCUCCUGAAGUUCACUUUGCGUCCUUAUGCUAAUCUUGGAUUGGACAAAUCCAGUGUUCCAAGUCCGAUGGCCUCCUCAGAAAUCAUUGCUGAGUUACUCUCAGAGAUUCCGGACAUUACAGAUGCAGCUCAACUUGUCAGCCAGUUUUGGCACAAGCCUGGGGAAACAAAUGAGUGUAUAACUGGCUUGCAAGAUACUAUAGUUAUGAUUGAAGAACCAAUGCUGGAUGGGAAUACCAUCCCUAGUUGUCUGGAAAAUAUACGGAGAGAUGACUUGGAGAUAGUUUUUCUGGGGACAGGCUCCUCCCAGCCCUCAAAAUAUCGGAAUGUUAGUUCAGUCUAUAUUAAUCUCUUCUCCAAAGGAAGUCUGCUCUUAGAUUGUGGAGAAGGAACCCUGGCACAACUGAAAAGGCGAUAUGGCAUGAAGGGUGGUGACAAUGCAGUGCGAAAUCUAAGAUGCAUAUGGAUUUCUCAUAUCCAUGCUGAUCACCACGCAGGUUUAGUAAGAAUACUUGCUCUGCGACGUGAUUUGUUGAAGGAAGUGCCACAUGAACCCUUACUAGUUAUUGGGCCAAUGCAGCUUGCAGUAUUUCUGUGCAAAUACCAAAUACUUGAAGAUCUUGAUAUGCAGUUCCUUGAUUGUAGAAACACUGUGGAAGCUUCAUGGAAUGCUUUUGGGGUUGAUCCUGGAUCAACCAAAAAAUAUCAGUUCUUUCCAGGAAACCCAAUAAAUGGUGAGGAUAUGAACAAUAGGCAUACAGAGGGUCCCGAGUCCAAGAGACUAAAACUGAGUUAUCCAAUUGGCAGCGGUACAGCUUUUCCAUUACUGGAGAUCUUGAAGAAAAUUCUCAAUGAUGCGGGGCUGGAGAGACUGAUUAGUGUCCCCGUUGUGCAUUGCCCUGAGGCAUUUGGCAUUGUCCUGAAAGCAGCAGAGAGAGUCAACAGCAUUGGAAAAGUGAUACCGGGGUGGAAGCUUGUUUAUUCUGGUGACACUAGACCAUGUCAGGAACUGAUGGAAGCAUCUCAAGGAGCAACAAUUCUUAUUCAUGAGGCAAGCAACUUUCGAGGAUUGCAUGGUGGAUGAGGCUAUAGCAAAAAACCAUAGCACAACUACAGAAGCCAUAGAAGUUGGAGAUUCUGCAGCUGUGUAUCGCAUCAUUCUCACCCACUUCAGCCAAAGAUACCCAAAAAUUCCCACAUUUGAUGAUGAGCAGGGCAUGCAGAAAACAUGCAUUGCUUUUGACCUCAUGAGUAUUAACGUUGCAGACUUGCCUGUGCUGCCUAAUGUUAUUCCAUAUCUUAAACUGCUUUUUAGGAAUGAGGCGAUAAAUUACAGGUCGGAGGAUUUUGUGGAUGCAGCUUCUUAAUUGUUGCUGACUUUAUUCUUUUAGAAAGAAAUUUUGUGAGCAUUUCACGUUUUACUAAUUUAUGUAUAUUUUUUUCCCUGUCAGAUUCAGUAGGUUUGGCCUGAUGUACAAAUCUUUUGUUCCAUCUCUUAGUGAAUCUUAAUGAAAGUUCUCAUUUGAUUAUCUUUCAGAAGCAUUCAUGUAAUUCAAGUGGGAGCCUGUAACCAGUUAUCUCUAUUAUUGAAAGGGUGCCAUUAAUGUACUUUAGUCAUAUUUUGUUCU